AAGUGGCAAGAGGCGACGAGACGAGGAGAGGAAGUGGCUUUCGAUAGCCUCUUUAUAAUCGCUUCAUCGAUAAUUCAAAAGCCGUGGUCGGUAAGAAAAUGCCCGCGCCAGUGGACGUCGAAGAGGACCAGAAUAUUCUCAAAGCGAGCGGAGGAGGAGAGAGAGAGAGAGGAGAGGAGAGGAGAGGGGGGAGAGAUAGAACCGUCUCUCUCUUUCUCUGGCUCGGUCGGUCGGUCGGUGGGCCGCGUGCCGGCACUAGGUCGCGACGCGAGGGGUUGCGGGCGGUGGGUGGCGUGCUGACGUCACCGUAACGGCAUCAUCGUCCGCGUGGGCCAAUGAGGACUCCCGCUCGCCAGGCCAGGUCCAUCGAUCCGUUGGCCGCGUGUGCCCCGGGUUAUGACGUCCGCGAGAGAUGAGUGACGUCACCGUUAGCGCCGUUCUCCGACACCCCCACUACCCUCGUCACUACCACCUUUGCAUUCUCCUCGUCGUCUUUGUCGUCGUUGUUACACGGCUAUAGUGUGCCGUUCUUGUUUCCACCACCAUCGCGGCAAUAACGGCAGAAGCAGCACCACCACCACCACCACCACCACCAGCAGCAGCAGCAGCAGCAGCAGCAGCAGCACCACCACCACCACCACCACCACCACCACCAGCACCACCUCCGCUACCGUCACCGCCGUCGCUCUACACGCGCUACGCUUUUAAUAUAGCGGCGGAACGCGCGCGAUCCGGACUCAGUUACGCGCCUGCCGGCCAGCCGUGCGAGUGUACCAUUCUUUCUUCUCUCGUUCGAAAACGCGCACCGGUGCCGCCGCCGUUCUCCUUGCUCCGCAUACGACAUACGCGCGUUCUCUUCCUUACUGAAUAAGGAUUUCUUCGAAGAAAUAAGAAACGUGAUUUCGUUUUUCCCUAUAGGAACGUGACUUUACUUCAUCGAUGGUGAUAUCGAUCGUGAACCACGAGAUCGCGGGAAACCGUUUAUCCUUGUUCUUGCCAAAGCGAUCGAUAGACAAAGAUUAAGAAGAGGAAUCAAAAAUCAAAAAGGAUAGAGAAAUAGUAUAAAACGAGCGUGACAAUGUCGUCCGUUGUGAGAGAGGAACGAUAAAAAGCGAGGACUUAAGGGUGGCUGCAUGCGAGUGCCCAGGUCCGAGAUCUUCGGGCUCCUCGGUGGAGCGCUGACCUCCACCGACAUCGUCUGGAAGGAUUCAUCUUGCGCUACGACGACGCACGCAGGGCAGUUGCACUCGCCGAACGGCGACAGCGACAACAGCAACGGUAGCCAACGUACGGUAGCCGUUACGCGAAACGAGAUAGAGCAACAGCAACAGCAGCAGUCGCAUCGGCAGCGACAACAGCAACGACAGGCAACAGCUACCGUUCCGGUUCUCGGCUGCACAAAUCACUCCUCGAUCACUACGACCACGACGGCCUUCACAGUAGCCUCAAGUAUGCUCCUGCUGCAAACACAGAGUCCAUUUGGAUGCAGCAGUUUCGCGGAUUUGUUGAGCGCUCCCUACACGGAUUCCGCGGAUGCCGGAAGUCUGCCGGAGGAGCUGGAUCCAUUUCCAGAAUUACAGCUGGGUAAUCCGCAGGGUGUGCCGACGAGCGAUGAGCCGGCUCAAUCGCAGCAAAGCGUUCAUCAUCAAACGGCGCAACCUCCUCCUCCGCCACCACCCCUUCCCGAAGAAAUUCAAGCAGAUUCGCUGAGUCCUACGCCAUUGCCGAGCUUCCAAGAGACCUACACGGUGCAACGGUAUACCAGACAGGAACUCCAGGGUCUCGGCAUCAAGAUGGACGAUGACUGUUACGAAAAUUCGGUAUAUUCGUGCGGCACUGGUCACUACUCCACCGAGUUCACACCGGCCGUCUCCUAUCACGAGCACCACAACCAGCAACAACCUCAUCAGCAACCGCAACACCACCAUCAUCAUCCCCAGCAUCAUCAACAACAACAACAACAACAGCAACAGCAGCAGCAACAACAACAGCAACAACAACAGCCUCAACCACAACCACAUCAUCAUCACCAUCAAAGUUACUUUUCAACGGAAUCGGCACCAACGCCGACCGCGGCGAUGCCAUCGCCGUCGAGUCAUCGGCAAGAUUCACCUUACGGAGUAGCAGUGACCGUACCUAUGGUAUACGGUCAAGCACCUACCAUCACCGGUGGUUCUACCGUAUCGGUACCGGUCCCUCCUACGGACAUUUGUCCAAACAUCGAGAACAUCGUCGUAGGUCCUCCACGUUCGCGAAGAGCAUCUUUACCAACUCAAAGGUCGGAAUCGGCAAGUAGCGGCAGCAACGAGUCUCCCAAGGCACGCGGAGGUGGUAACGCGAGCAUCGCUAGCAUAGCCAGCACAGCGAGCACAGCGAGUACCGGGAGUUCGGUCAGUUCACCGUCACCCGGAAGCGGCAAUACCGGUGAACGUGCACCGCCAAGCCCGAGCCAAUUGUGCGCCGUUUGCGGUGACACGGCGGCGUGUCAGCAUUACGGUGUGCGUACCUGCGAAGGCUGCAAAGGUUUUUUCAAGAGGACGGUGCAAAAGGGUUCGAAAUACGUUUGCCUCGCCGAGAAAGCUUGCCCGGUCGACAAGCGUCGCCGAAAUCGUUGCCAAUUCUGUCGCUUCCAAAAGUGUCUCAUGGUCGGCAUGGUGAAAGAAGUCGUUAGGACGGACUCGUUGAAGGGCCGUCGCGGAAGAUUGCCUUCGAAGCCGAAAUCACCACAGGAAUCGCCGCCGAGUCCGCCGGUAUCCUUGAUCACGGCUUUGGUUCGAGCUCAUUUAGACACGACGCCAGAUCGAAUGAAUCUCGAUUACUCGCAGUAUAGACAAUCGAGACCCGGAGAUUUGUCCGUCACCGAGGCUGAAAAAAUUCAACAAUUUUACAGUCUAUUAACCACCUCGAUCGAUGUGAUUAGAAAUUUUGCCGACAAAAUACCUGGCUUUACGGACCUGGCACGAGAGGAUCAGGAAUUGUUGUUUCAAUCGGCCAGCUUGGAACUGUUCGUCCUCAGGUUGGCUUACCGCACGAAACCGGAGGAUACAAAGUUGACAUUCUGCAAUGGAGUCGUCCUAGCGCUCGAACAGUGUCAACGUAGCUUCGGCGACUGGCUCCACAGCAUUCUCGAAUUUUGCAAGUCUCUUCACGGGUUGGACGUGGAUAUUAGCGCGUUCGCCUGUCUUUGCGCUCUUACCCUGAUUACCGAGAGGUACGGCCUUAAGGAGCCGCAUCGCAUGGAGCAACUGCAAAUGAAGAUCAUCUCGUCGUUGCGCGACCACGUCACCUACGAUGCCGAAGCGCAAAGGAAAACGCAUUACUUGUCGCGCCUUCUCGGUAAGCUGCCGGAAUUGAGGAGUCUCUCCGUUCAGGGUCUCCAAAGGAUCUUUUACCUGAAGCUGGAGGAUCUUGUGCCGGCGCCACCGCUGAUCGAAACGAUGUUCGUCGGUAGUCUACCCUUCUAAUCGUUUCCUUCCCCGUUAAACCACCACCGUCGACACGACCACCACUACCACACCCACGCCACGAUCACACGAAGCCUAAGGCUAAUGUAUUAUUCUCGUAAGACGAUAGUCGCCGAGAUCCUACGUGCGGUUACGUAAUUCCAUCUUUUCGAUCUUUAUUUUUAAUUAAUAGCCUGGCUUUCGUUCUCUCUUCUUGCGUAUUUAAGCGCGCCCGAGUGUUCGUAAGUGUCUUUGUCCUUUCGAACGAGUUCACCGAGGAGCAGCUGAACGGAUAUAUGGUCCCUUAUUUUCUCCUUCUCGAUGUUACGAAUGCAACUCCCGAGAAUGAAUCUAAUAUAUUAUACGCUAGAAUAUAUUCGUACGUAUGCGAUUGUACAUGUCCUAUGUACAAUUUUGCGUGUGCGUGAUUAUGCGCGAAUCUACGAGUGAGUGGGAGAGAGAGAGAGAGACUGGAGAGAAAGGAUAGGCAUGAAUCUACGCGAUCGGAGUUAUCUUCUAAGGGAAAGUACCCCAAUGUGCGUGCCUGAAGCUCCGUGUGCGUUACCACUAUUACAAUUACUAUUGCUAUUACUACGCAACUAUUAUUAUUACUACUACUACUACUACUACUACUACUACUACUACUACUAUUAUUAUUAUUAUUAUUAUUAUUAUUAUUAUUAUUAUUAUUAUUAUUAUUAUUAUUAUUACUAUUAUUAUUAUUAUUAUUAUUAGUAUUAUUAUUACUGUUACUAUAAUUGCUAUCAUUAACUAUUAUUAUCACUAUCAUAACGUUACCUGCGCGUGCCGUCGAAUGGUAGGAAAUGAAAAAGAGCGCUCGACGAUCGGAGAAUCGGUAAGCGAUUGAAAGCCCCUUGAGCUAGCGGACCACGCGUUACCGACGAAAUUUUUUUCGUAUACCUUUUGCUAUCGUUCUUAUCUUAGAUUUUAGAUCGAGUUUUAAAGAGAGAAAGCGAACGAAUUCGUUUCGCGCGAAGAAAGUUAUAUCUACUUACAAAAAAAUGUGUAUAGAAUUUUUAUCACUUUUCUACCUACUUUAUACGAAUUAAGUCGCCGUGUUGUCCGCUGCUUCGCCGAUCGAUAUCGUUUAUACUUCGUCGAUUCUUCGCCGAUCUGUCGUGACGCCAAACGAGACAAUGAAAAAACGCCAAAAAAAGGAAAUGAGAGUCAAGGACGAGAAAGGAAGAGAAAAACAUUAUUUACAUUUUGGCAAAAGCUCACGCAUCGUUCGUCGAAGAAAAUGCAUUGACGAUUUGCAACAUAUCAGAACAUCGACGGAGGAGCGAAUAUGAGCGAUUAAAUUUGUUCACUUGCGAAGAAAUAUUAGCGAGAGAGAGAGAGAGAGAGAGAGAGAGAGAGAGAGAGAGAGAGAGAGAGAGAAAGAAAAAGAGAUAAAUGAUGAGAGAGUGCGAGAAAGAAAGAGGUACGCAUCUAUCUACGCGCACACGGGUUCUCUCCUUCGUCCUUUUAUAAUAGGCGUUUAGAAUGCGGCUAUGGUUGCACUCGCAUGAAACAGCGAUGCCUCGUUGCAAACUUUUUGAUCUCGAAAUAUAUAUUUUUUUCCUAUGCGAAAAACGAAGUAAGCGCGUGGUAUCUGUCCAUAUGAAUUAAGUGCCACGCGCGCGCGCGCGCGCCCGCGAACUCUCAAUGGGGGGACGGUACCACCUUGAACGUUCUUCGUGUGACGAAAGAUCUCACCUAAAAUGAAAUUUAUUUAAUCGACCGUGUACGUAUUUUAUCUCGUGCCUAUUGCCAUUAGAGAAAAGGAGAGAGGGAGAGAGAGAGAACGUUCGAGAUAUUCAGUGCACACCGGUGCAACGAUGAUCGAGCAUCGUUUAUCACAUGCGAGUGCCGAAACGUACGGUCGACCGUUGUCGGCCACCCCCAUUCUUUACCAUUACUUUUGCGUUUAUGUGAUUUUAGAGAGUUAAGGCGAAACCACGAAUCCGUCUUGGCAAGUACCGGAAAAGUAGAAAGAGAGAUAGAACUUGGAGGAGUGCGCCUCGCGAGGCGGAUUCGGCAUAAAGUUACCUAUUACGUUAUGACGUUUAAUUUUAAUCAAACUAACGUAAAAAGUCCUAUUUAUAUAUAUACGUAUACCGCGCUACAGCUGCUGCUAUUACUACUAUUAUUACUAUUAGAAUUUACUACUAUUACUACUUACUACGACUACUACUACCACCAGCACCACCAUCACUACCACACUACCACCCCCAACACCAUUUACUACUUAUUAUUAUUACUACUACUACUAUUACUAUCAGAUCUAUUACUAUUAUUACUACCCAUUACUACUUAUUACUAGUGCUACCAGUUUAUGGCGUUAUUAUUAUUAUCACGACCAUUGUUACCAUCGAUACCUUUGUCGUCAAUUUGUGUUAUCGUUACCACUAUUCCCUAAAACUGUUAGUUCAUCGCUAGACGACGCUCUUCGGAUGGCUCUUCGAGGAGAACGACGACGACGACGACAACGACGACGACGACGACGACGACGACGCCAAUGAAGAUGACAUUGGCUAUCUUACAAGAAAUAGUGGCCUCGCAUCGGACGACAGAAAGUUCAUAAGAAAGAGGAGUAGAAGUUUCCUGCGAUAAAAAUAUGGAAAGAUUCCUUCAUUUUUGGGAUCUCUCCUUUUUAUCAAACGUACGUACAACGUCGUCGUUUUAUCCCUUUUCAACACAUGGUAUUCCGUCGCAAAGAAAACAAAGUAACCGGCUUGCAAAUGAUCGCAAAUCAAAUGAGGGCACGAAAGGAAGAGAAAGAAGAAGAAGGAAGAGCCACGCGCGAGCGGAACGAAAAGCGAACGUAUUAAAUACGUGUACUACUUGCACAAUAGUAGAUAUAUUAACUACGUGUGUAUACGUCGUUACAAAGCCGUGUGUAUUUGCAAAAUAUUUGACGCUUUAUCUCCUCCGAGCGUUCGUCGGGAACGCUUCGAGGAUUCGAGACACAUCGCUUUCGUAUCCUCGACGUAUCCUUGGACGAAUAUUUUUAUCUUUUUCUAUCAAUUCUUCCCCUCUUUGAUUAUUAUCCGCAACCCUCUCUCUCUCUCUCUCUCUCUCUCUCUCUCUCUCUCUCUCUCUCUCUCUCUCUCUCUCUCUCUCUCUCUCUCUCUUCAUCCCUUUAUCUCUCUAUACGAUCGUUCCUCGGAAACAAAGUAUAUACAUAUAUAUAUAUAUACAUAUAUAUAUAUAUAUAUAUAUAUAUAUAUAUAUAUAUCUUUUUUACAUUUGGUUUAGUAUUAUCUUUGAUCGAUGAAGAAAAAAUAAAUACCAACUAUCGUCCGCGUAAAAUUCUUGAUGUGUAAAACACGACACUCGUACGGAAAGGUUUCGAGAUCGUACGGAUUCGCAAUAUAGAUAUAUGCAAUAUACGCGAGCGGACGCGUGCGUGAGAGUAAUUUACGUUUUGAGAAUGAUUACGAAUAGAAAAUGUUCGAAAUAUUAUAAUAAAAAAGGCCCGGUAAGAAUGCAAGGUAAAAAAAAGAGUUCAAAGGGAACACCAAGAAGCUACGAAAUCGACGUGUUCUCUUCGAGCGAUAAUUAAAGUUAAUGCGGAGGGACGGAUAGAAUCGUUCGAUCGAAACUAUCUCCCAGCAAAAGUGUGUUUCCUUCGAAACGUGCGUCGAUUCCACAGAGAAUUUCUCGAUGGAGCAAAUUUCGUUUGGUUCGAUGCUCUUGGAACAUCUCGUCUUCUUAAGGAAGAUAAGAGGUAGAUAAAUUCGAACAGUCAAAUCCCUUAGGGAGAAAUUCUCUCUGGACAUUGACGGCAGUGAUCGCGACGUAAUUAUUUUUUACAAAAGUGCCGUGAUUCGGUCGUCGAAGAUAUUCGUGGGUCAAGCUAAAAAGGAAAUCGCGUCGAAGGCGAAACGAAAGAGACGCGUUUGGAAAAGAUAAAACGUGGUAGACGAGGAAAGGCAAGGUCGGAUCGUUCGAAUGUCGAAAUAUUCAAAUAAAUAACGAGAUCUUUUCUUUUUUUUUUAGAACAAAAAUUAUGACUGUUACUUACUUACUAUACGUCUAUUGGUGUAAUGCAAAAAAAAAAAAAAAAAAAGAAAAAACCAAAAAAAACGAACAAACGAAAAAAAACAAAAAAAGGAAGAAGCAACUUAACGAUCAGAUCCGUUUCGUGUACAAUUCCCUUUUCCCCCGUUUUAUCAGUGUAUGCAAUAAAUGUUCGAUCAACAAAUAAUUUUUCUCUCCUUGAGUUUUUUUGUUAAUAAAGUUGUUUCUCGAUUGACGACGACUACGACGAUGACGACGACGACGACGACGACGACGACGACGACGACGCGACUACGACGAGGACGACGACGCGACGAGUCAUCUUUCGUGUCGGUCCCUAUCGUGCACAACAGCUAUCUUUGAGAUCAUUCAUCGUUUCCUUUCCUUUCCUCAUAACAAAACGACAAACAUAACGACGAGACAAACAACGAGAAGUUGUCAGAAACGUCUCGAUAUCUUCGCUCCGUCCUAUAUUUUCUCCUAACGAUUACGACGUCGAGGAAUCAUCAAAGAAUCCUCGAAGAAUUCUCGUUUACGCGCUGAUAUUUUCACGUCGAUCGAUCCACUCUGCCGUACGAGCCUUUUGUUCUCCUUUCACGUGCAAAAGAAAAGACAAAAAAAAAAGAUAACAAAUAAAGCGCGACUUAUUAAGUAAUCGCGUUCUCUUAAUUGCACAAUAAUAACGCAAAGAGAGCACCGCAUCGCAAGUUCUAGACGUUAUACCGAAAGUAUAAAUUUGUAUUGUAUUACGCGCCCACGUAAUCUUUUGGCAAAGCCAUCGAUCACGAGGAUCCACGAUGUUAAACGUAAGUGAUUCGAGACGAAGCUCGAUGAAGUCGCGCGAGAUCGAGCACUCGUCUUUUGGCAACGAACGGACGAAUUAGCCGGAACUGGUACGAACGAUCAAGAAAAAAAAACAAAAAAAAAAGGAAGAAAGUCCUACACGUGGACGAGAGAGAGAGAGAGAGAGAGAGAGAGAGAGAGAGAGAGAGAGAGAAAGAGGCACGAUCGUCCGUCCUUUCGUUCGAAACGAACGCAAUAGAUUCGGCUUUAUAUACGAAAAGGAAAAAAAGAAAUAAAGAGAAAAAAAACUACUAUACGUAACACACAUCGUUGUAACAUAUUAUAUGAAAGAUUAACCACGCGCGUGCACAUUCACAAAGACGUUUCGCGGCCUGAUUCGUGUUAAUUCAGUACCGAGCCACACGAUUCCUUCUCGCUUGAGCGUGUUCAUACGUGUGCAUAUACAUGCACGAUGAUAUAUGCGUAGUAUGUAUAUACAUGUAUAAAUACGUGUUUCCGUGACGCGUAUUAUAUACGUAUAAAGAAAUAUAUGUACAUGGGUAUGUGUGUACGCAAAGAGAGAAGCGCGUGUCGUGCGCUCACACGGACGCGAAGAGACAAAAAAAGCAUACGCGUAGAGGCGCACACACACGCACGCACGCACGUUUAGAUAUAUGUAUCUAUAUACGCUUUCGAUAUACAUAUAUAUACAUAUACAUAUAUAUAUAUAUAUAUGACGGAGAAGCGGUUAAAAGGCACGAACGUGAGAACAAAAAUGAUAACGAUUAUAUUUUAUAAAUAAAAAAAAAUGACAUGUGAUAUAGAUGGUAAGGCACGCGCAAUGCACGCGCUGCGAUGCAUUAUGAAAGCGAAUGUAUUCUGUAUAUCGUUUCAUUAAAUCUACUAAAACGA